AUGUUCGUCUUUCUUGGUGUGUUUUAUCUUACCCUUACUUUUUUUCCACAUGAAUCGAUUCAACAACAGCCAUUGCCAUACACAUUGGGUUAUCGAUCAUCAUUUAAGUUUCAUCAACCUUGUACCUUUAAUCUUGUUAUUUCGGCACCACAUGGUGGGAAUGGAACACCUUCUGAUGUACCAGAUCGAACAAUAGGUGGCUGCCUUCGUUUGUCAGGUCCAAGUGCUGGUCGCUGUACAUGGUUUUACAAUGAUACCUGCGCUGAUGGUACACGUUGUAAUGCAACAACUAGUAAAGACAGCCGAAGUGAUGAAUUUGCUGAAAAUGUAGCAAAUGAGUUGAAUAAAACAUGGGGAUAUAAGCCAUCAGUUGUUAUUGCUAAAUGGAGUCGUAUGAAAGUUGAUUUUAAUCGUGAAAUUAACGAAGCAACAUUCAACCAUCCUGAAGCUAUAGCUGCUUAUCAAGGUUAUCAUUCGUUUAUCGAUCAAGCUAUUAAUCAAAUUAAUGCAAGUUUUGGUAGAGGUCUUCUGAUUGAUAUUCAUGGUCAUGGAGAUGGAAAUUAUACUAUGGUUGGAUAUCUUUUGACUGGUCAACAACUUAAUCGAGACGAUCUUAAUGUACUAUCAGUAACAACAUCGAUCGAAUCACUGUGUGGAUCUGAUCGAAACGAAUGUAUUCGUGGACAAUCUUCGUUUGGCACAGCGCUUGAGCUCAAUGGACUAGGUGUUGCAUAUCCAUCGUUUGCAAAUCCAAAACCUGGCAGUAUUGACUUUCUUUCUGGUGGUUUUAUAACAAGUAACUAUAUUUCAAGAAUUAAUGCCAUUCAAACUGAAUUACCUAACGGAAUGCGUACAUCAGCAAACCGACUCGAUAAUGCCAGAAAAUAUGCACAAGCUAUUGUUGAUUAUAUGCAAACAAAUCAUUUAUUAAGAAGCUCUUCUAUUGUAUAA